GGGACAUUAACAACUGCAACAGACUUCUUUUUAUUGUAGCUAACAGAACAGGAUGUCUAACUGCACACUGAAGCAUAUGUGUUUUCUCGUUUUGCUCUCAUUAUCCGUAGGUCAAGGUCACGGAAUAUGGAAGCCAUCCAAAGAUUCAUUGAAAAAGGACAUUGAAAUCUACAGAAAAAUGGCUAUAAAAAUCGAACAAGAACUUAAAGAAUAUUAUGACGAAUAUGCAGAAAAUCUGUUUGAUGAUUACAAUUUCGAGAAUAACAAAGACGAAAAAAGCAAUAUUUAUGUCGCUGGAAGAAAAUAUUCAGAUUUUUCUCAAAACAAUAUAAAUUUGUCGAAUAACUUUAGUUUAAAACAGAGUCAACUAAAAGAAUCAAACCAUAAAAUCUUCACUGACGAUACGUCACACGAAGAAAAGCUAAACAAUAAAACUAUUCUAUAUCUCACGAAAAAGUGGCCUAAAUUUGAAGACAUGUUAUUAGCAAUUGGAAAGAAGUACGACUGGAAAAAUGAUAGAUGGAUUAAGGUUAAGCAUAAAGAUAAAACCUUUAACAAGGGGGUAAAUACUAAAAAUAAUAAUGCACACCAUCAAAAACAUAAUUUUAUAUAUAAGAUUGUAAAGUUAAAUAAUGCUAAAAGUAAAAGAAAUGUUAUAGCUGUAACAGCUGUAAGAUAAAUUAAUAAUCAAUAUUAAAUGUAUUAUAAAAUAAAGGUUCUAUAUUUCUAAAUAUAAAGGGACCAAGAAGACUGAUGAUCUAAGUCAGUAAUGUUAAUAAUAAUAGUUACGUUCAUAACACAUCUAGCUAUUUGUUCAAAAUAAAUAUUUAUAAAUCGAUAUUUGGUUCAUGACAAUGUUCUGUAAUUAUUACAUAUCUAGAAACUUAA